UUUUACUAAACUUUGAAUAAGGCUUUACAAUUUCCCAUUCAAAUAUCAAUAUUCACUGCGUUCGGAUCUCAGCUCUCAACAAAACAAAAAUUUUAAAAAGUAAAACCAAUUUAUAUUUUCUAAAUCCACACGCUUCGACAUGCCUUUCCAACGAGGCAGCAUUAAUUCAAUGACCGGAGCCGGAGGCGAUGAUCUUAACAGGGACAAGGAUCUUUCGGGUCACAACCUGGAUGAAGGUAAAGGCGACAUCUCUGCGUUUGCCGCCUGCCGGAAGCCUCGGCCAGAUGCCAAUUCGCUGUCGGUGCGCCAGUAUCUCGACCAGACCGUGGCUCCUAUCCUGCUCCAUGGCCUGCAGGCACUGGCCCAGGAUCGGCCCAGCGAUCCGGUGAGCUACCUGGCCACGUACCUCCUAAAGAAUAAGAACCGCUGUGCCGAGGUCAACCCUCCAGACACGUAACUUUUCACUUCUGUUGUGCUGCUCUAGUUAUAUUUUAUUUUAUUUAACGAAUGUCUGUCAACCACUGCUGAUAUACCGCUGAUUUGUUCCCCGAUUCUUGUACACAAACCUAUCGUUCGAUUAAAGAUGUUGUGUUAGUACUCUCGA